GGGGAUCAGCUGUGCCAGUCCCGGCAGACCACACACACACACAGUAUGCUUAGUGGAAAACAAAGCCUCUAGCACUGCCAGUUGAAGACGAUCCCUGCCUCCGCGCUCUGUGCGUAGCAUGUUCUGUUCUGAUGCUGCCAAGACGGAAAGGCAUGACUCCGCCAUCGCCAGGGCUUUUCGGAAAGGAACGUUUUCACAGGGGCACGAGCGGCCGAUUUCUGCCUUUUGAUGGAAUAUUUUUGUUUCUUCUGGUGGUGAAGAGUUGAAAUGCUGGCAGAGCGCAGAGAGAACAGCAGGGCUGCCUUUGCCCUGACAAAGCCGCUCAAGAUGAACAUGGUGAAACGGAUCAUGGGGCGGCCGCGGCAGGAGGAGUGCAGCCCGCAGGACAACGCGCUCGGCCUGAUGCACCUGCGGCGCCUCUUCUCCGAGCUGUGCCACCCGCCUCGUCACAUGACCCAGAAGGAGCAGGAGGAGAAGCUCUACAUGAUGCUUCCUGUGUUUAACCGGGUUUUUGGCAAUGCUCCGCCCAGCAGCAUGAUGGAGAAGUUCUCUGACCUGCUGCAGUUCACCACCCAGGUGUCCCGACUCAUGGUGACUGAGAUCAGACGCAGAGCCUCCAACAAAUCCACAGAAGCUGCCAGUCGAGCCAUAGUCCAAUUCCUGGAGGUGAACCAGAGCGAGGAAGCGAGUCGAGGCUGGAUGCUGCUGACCACCAUCAACCUGCUGGCCUCCUCUGGACAGAAAACAGUGGACUGCAUGACAACCAUGUCCGUACCCUCCACCCUGGUGAAAUGCCUCUACCUGUUCUUUGACCUGCCCCAUAUGGCCGAAGCCCCAGCGGGCCCCACCCCACAGCCGCCACAACCCCCACCCAACCAGGAGAAGACUCCGAGCCAGGCCCACACUCAGCCGGAGCUGCCGCUGGCCGACCGCCGAGCGCUGCUCCAGAAAGUCUUUGUCCAGAUCCUGGUGAAGCUGUGCACCUUUGUGUCUCCGGCGGAGGAGCUGGCCCAGAAGGACGACCUGCAGCUGCUGUUCAGUGCCAUCACCUCUUGGUGCCCUCCUCACAACCUGCCCUGGAGGAGGAGCGCAGGCGAGGUGCUCACCACCAUCUCCCGACACGGACUCAGCGUCAACGUGGUCAAAUACAUCCACGAGAAAGAAUGUCUGUCCACAUGUGUCCAGAACAUGCAGCAGUCGGACGACCUCUCCCCGCUGGAGAUCGUGGAGAUGUUCGCCGGCCUCUCCUGCUUCCUCAAAGACUCCAGCGACGUUUCGCAGACGCUGCUGGACGACUUCAGGAUGUGCCAGGGUUACGCCUUCCUCUGCGACCUCAUGCUCAGACUGGAACAGGCUAAGGAGGAUGAGUCUAAAGACGCGCUGAAGGAUCUGGUCAACCUGGUCACCUGUCUGUGCACGUACGGGGUGACGGAACUGAAACCCGCCGGCCUCACCACCGGCGCCCCCUUCCUGCUGCCAGGGUUCGUUCUCCCACAACCAUCUGGGAAAGGUCACACAGUUCGGAACAUCCAGGCCUUUUCGGUGCUGCAGAACGCCUUCCUGAGGGCCAAAACCAGCCGCCUGGCCUGCAUGCUGCUGGACGCCAUCGGGAACAUCUACGCCGCCGAGCCGGCCAACUACUUCAUCCUGGAGUCGCAGCACACGCUGUCGCAGUUCGCCGAGCGCGUGGCCAAGCUGCCUGAGGCCCAGACCAAGUACUUUGAGCUGCUGGAGUUCGUGGUGUUCAGCCUGAACUACGUGCCGUGUAAGGAGCUUUUCAGCGUGUGUGUGCUGCUGAAGUCCAGCACGUCGCUCUCCUGCAGCAUCACCGCCGUCAGAACGCUGCUGAAGCUGGCCAGGCACGACCCCGUGUUCAGCGACGUGCUGCGGGAGGUCGGCCUGUUGGAAGUCAUGGUCAACCUGCUGCACAAGUACGCCGCCUUGCUCAAAGACCCGGCGCCGCAACAGCAGCCGCAAAACAACGACCAAGCUGACAGUAAGAACAACCCGAUAGCGGAGGAGCAGAAGCAGCUGGCCUGGCUGGUGAUGGAGACUCUGACGGUGCUGCUGCAGGGCUCCAACAGCACCAACACCAACGCAGCUCUGUUCAGAGAGUUCGGCGGCGCUCGCUGCGUCCACAACAUUGUGAAGUACCGCCAGUGCCGGGAACACGCCCUGCUCAUCAUCCAGCAGCUCGUGUUGUCGCCCAGCGGCGACGACGACAUGGGAACGCUGCUGGGCCUCAUGCACUCGGCGCCGUCCAGCGAGCUGCAGCUGAAGACCGACAUACUGCGGGCGUUGUUGGCCGUGCUGCGCGAGAGUCACCGCACCCGCACGGUGUUUCGCAAGGUGGGCGGCUUCGUGUACAUCACCUCCCUCCUGGUGGCCAUGGAGCGCUCGCUGUGCCAGCCGCCGCGGCACGGCUGGGAGCGGGUCAACCAGAACCAGGUCUUCGAGCUCCUGCACACCGUCUUCUGCACUCUAACCGCCGCCAUGCGCUACGAGCCGGCCAACUCGCACUUCUUCCGCACCGAAAUCCAGUACGAGAAGUUGGCCGAUGCUGUGAGGCUGCUGGGUUGUUUCUCUGACACGAGGAAGCUGGGCCCAACCGGAGUGUUCCCGUCCAACGCUCAGCCCUUCCAGAGGCUGCUGGAGGACGAGACGUCCUCCGCAGGCUGCGCUGGAGACAGCGUCUGUCCCACGCUCAAACACUGCAGCAAGCUCUUCAUUUACCUCUACAAGAUGGCCACCGACUCUUUCGACAGUCGUGCAGAGCAGGUGCCUCCAUGCCUGACUCAUGAAACCUCGCUGCCCUCACCGUGGGGUACGCCCGCACUCGCCAGAAAGAGGCACGGUUACUACAGCACGUCGGGUUCUUCCGCCCCAGUCAAAGCCCUGACGGACCUCAAACUCCACCUGGUGAACCCGUCACACCCUGCCUCCUUCUCAUCUUCGUCCGACAUGGUGGUCAUCCACCCUGGGGCCGUUCUGGCCAUGUUGGACCUGCUGCCCUCCGUCUCCUCCGAGAGCCAACCCGAGCAUGCCCUCGACCUCCAGCUCGCCGUUGCCAACAUCCUGCAGCUGCUGGUGAACAGCGAGCGGAACCAGCAGGUGUUGUGUGAGGCUUGCCUCCACCAGCGGCUGCUGCAGCGCUGCAGCCAGGCGCUCAGCGAUGAAGACCAUCCGCUGCACCCUCCGCUGCAGCGGAUGUUUGAGAGGCUGGCCUCGCAGGCGCUGCAGCCCGUCGCACUCAGGGAAUUUUUACGUCUGGGAAACCCUCUGAACUGCGGCGCCUGGGACAAGAAGCUCCUGAAGCAGUACCGGGUCCACAAGCCCAGCUCCCUCGGCUACGACGCAGACAUGAGAAACAGCAUGACCAUGUCCAUGGAGGGCUUCGGCCCCGACAGCGUCUUCACCACGCCGGCCGAGGACAACGGCCAGUACCGCAUCAGCCGCAGCCUGGUGCGCUCCGCCGAGGACAGCACCGUGCCCCUCACCCGAGUCAAGUGCCUGGUCUCCAUGACGACGCCCCACGACAUCCGGCUGCACGGGUCGGCCGUCACGCCGGCGUUCGUGGAGUUCGACACGUCACUGGAGGGAUUUGGGUGUCUGUUUCUGCCCAGCCUGGCGCCCCACAACGCCCCCACCAGCACCGCCACCGCGUCCGGGGUCAACGACGGAGCCGUGCUCAGCGGCAUGGGGACGGGUGAGCGCCUGUUCCCCCCGCCGUCCGGGCUCAGCUACUCCACCUGGUUCUGUGUGGAGCGGUUCAGCGCGGCCCCCCAGGCCCACCAGGUGCGGCUGCUGACCGUGGUGCGGCGGGCCACCUCCUCGGAGCAGCACUUCGUCUGCCUGGCCGUGGUUCUGUCCGCCAAGGACCGCUCGCUCACCGUCUCCACCAAGGAGGAGCUGCUCCAGACAUACUCAGCGGACGAGUCGAGCGAAGAGGCCUCUUUCUACGAGAUCCUGCCGUGCUGCGCCCGUUUCCGCUGUGGAGAGCUGAUCGCCGAGGGCCAGUGGCACCACCUGGUGCUCGUCAUGAGCAAAGGCAUGCUGAAAAACAGCACGGCCACGCUGUACCUGGACGGCCAGCUCAUCAGCACCGUCAAGAUUCACUACAUCCACAGCACUCCGGGCGGCUCGGGCUCCACCAACCCGCCUGUGGUGAGCACCGUUUACGGCUACAUCGGCACACCGCCCGCGCAGCGCCAGCUGUCCAGCCUGGUGUGGCGUCUGGGGGCCAGCCACUUCCUGGAGGAGGUUUUACCAGCCACCAGCGUGGCCGCCAUCUUUGAACUGGGACCAAACUAUGUGGGCAGCUUUCAGGCCGUCUACUUGCCCUGUAAAGACACAAAGACGGAGGUUGCGCCUGCCACUCCGGUGGCUCUGGUACCAGAGGAGAAAGUGUCUUUCAGCCUCUAUGGACUCUCCGUCUCGACGCUCACUGUGGCUAAAAUCAGGAAAGUUUACAACAAACUGGACAGCAAAGCCAUCGCCAAGCAGCUCGCUGUGUCCUCCCAUGAAAACGCCACUCCUGUCAAGCUGAUUCAUAACGCUGCGGGCCACCUCAACGGGCCCGCUCGUACCGUUGGCGCCGCCGUCAUCGGAUAUUUAGGUGUCCGUACGUUCGUUCCCAAACCUGUUGCCACCAACCUGCAGUACGUUGGCGGCGCCGCGGCCAUCCUGGGCCUGGUUGCCAUGGCGUCGGAUGUGGAGGGGCUCUAUGCGGCUGUUAAAGCGUUGGUGUGUGUUGUGAAGAGCAACCCUCUGGCCAGUAAGGAGAUGGAGCGCAUCAAUGGCUACCAGCUGCUAGCUAUGCUGCUAAAGAAGAAGCGCUCGCUGCUCAACAGCCACAUCCUCCACCUCACCUUCUCUCUGGUGGGAACGGUGGACAGCGGCCAUGAAACCUCCAUCAUUCCCAACUCCACCGCUUUUCAGGACUUACUUUGUGACUUUGAGGUUUGGCUUCAUGCCCCCUACGAACUCCACCUGUCUCUCUUUGAGCAUUUCAAUGAGCUGCUGACCGAGUCCAGUGAAGCAGCAAAAAACGCUAAACUGCUGCGGGAGUUUCAGCUGAUCCCCAGGUUGCUGCUGACGCUGCGCGACACGUCGCUGUCGCAGCCAACGGUGGCUGCCAUCAGUAACGUCCUCAGCCUGCUGCUGCAAGGCUUCCCCAACCCAUACGACCUGCUCAGGUUUGGCCAGUUCAUCUCCUCGACUCUCCCCACUUUCGCUGUGUGUGAGAAGUUUGUUGUCAUGGAAAUCAACAACGAGGAGAAGAUAGAUGGAGGUAACGACGACGAUUUCGGCGGCCUCCUGUCAGCCAGUCUGAUCUUGCUGAGGAAUCGACUUCUGGACAAUUUGCUGAAGCUGCUUUUCACUACGAAGGAGAAAUGCACAGUUAACGUCCAGGCGUGUGAGGAGUUUGUGCGAACGCUGGGCUUCGAUUGGCUGCUGAUGUUCAUGGAGGAGCAUCUGCACUCGACCACGGUGACGGUGGCGCUGCGGAUCCUGGUGGUGCUGCUGUCCAACCAGCCCAUCCUGAACCGCUUCAGGGAGGGCUUGAGCGGAGGCGGCUGGCUGGACCACACCGACUCCGUCCUGACCAAUAAGAUCGGCACGGUCCUGGGCUUCAACGUUGGCCGCAACGCCGGCGGACGGUCCACUGUGCGAGAAAUCAACAAGGACGCCUGCCAUUUCCCAGGGUUCCCUGCUCUGCAGACGCUGCUGCCCAAACACACGAAUGUUCCUGAGCUCUACUUCCUGCUUAUGGCUCUCUUCCUGCAGCAGCCUGUCACUGAGCUGCCAGACAGCCUGCAGGUACAUUUUGACCUGGACUCCAUCUGGACGUUUAUCUUCGGGAUGCCGGCCUCCAGCGGGGCGGUGGUCGGCUCCAUCCACAGCGUUUGCACCGAGGCCGCCUUCCUGCUGCUGGCCAUGCUGCGCAGCAUGCUCAACCUGCCCUGGCAGUCUGAGGAGGAAGGCUCCUGGCUCCGGGAGUACCCGGUGACCCUCAUGCAGUUCUUUAGGUACCUUUACCACAACGUGGCCGACCUCGCCCCGAUGUGGCACAGCCCGGAGUUCCUCUGCGCCCUGGCGGCCACCGUCUUCCCCUUUAACAUCAGGCCGUACUCCGAGAUGGUGAGCGAUUUGGACGACGAAGCCGGUUCUCCCACCGAAGAGUUCAAGGCCUUUGCUGGGGACACCGGUAUGAACCGCAGCCAGUCCGAAUACUGCAACGUGGGCUCCAAAACCUCCCUGACGAACCACCCCGCCAAAAAAUAUGUGUUCGACUUCAUGAGGGUCCUGAUCAUGGACAACAUGUGCAUGACCCCCGCCAGCAAGCAGACGCCCAUCAUAGACAUGCUGCUGGAGGCCUCCCCGGAUCGCUCCACCAGAACCCAGCAGAAGGAGUUUCAGUCCAGCAUCCUGGACGGCGUCAUGGAGCAUCUUCUGGCUGCAGACGUCCUUCUAGGUGAAGACGCCUCUCUGCCGCUCAGCACCGGCGGCAGUUAUCAGAUCCUGGUCAACAACGUCUUCUACUUCACCCAGAGAGUCGUGGACAAGCUGUGGCAGGGAAUGUUCAACAAGGACUCCAAGCUGGUGGUGGACUUCAUCGUGCAGCUGAUCGGACAGUCCAAGAGGCGGUCCCAGGGUCUCUCUCUCGACACCAUCUACCACUGCCUGAACCGGACCGUGCUCUACCAGCUUUGCCGGCCCCACAAGACGGUGGCCCAGCAGGUGGCGCUGCUGGACGCCCUGCGGGUCCUGACCGUCAACCGCAAUUUGGUGCUGGGGCCCGGAAACCAUGACCAGGACUUUGUGGCCUGUCUGGCUCACUGCUUCAUCUGCCUGCACAGCGGGAGCAGCGUGGAGGGCUUCGGUCUGGAGGCGGAGGCCAGGAUGACCACCUGGCACGUCAUGAUGCCAGCGGAGAACGAAACCGACUCCACGCACAGCCAUGACGUCAGCGAGGGACGACAGCUGCUGCUGAAGGCCGUGAACCGCGUCUGGACGGAGCUGAUGCACAGCAAGCGGCAGAUGCUGGAGGACAUCUUCAAAGUGUCUCUGCCCUGCAAUGACAGAGGACACGUGGACAUCAGCACGGCCCGGCCCGCUCUGGAGGAACCGGCCCUGAAGAGCUGGCAGAACCACCUGGCCCACGAGAAAAAGUGCAUCAGUCGCGGCGAAGCGGCAGCGCCGGCGGCCCAGUCCAAGCUGUCACGGGUCAGCAGCGGCUUCGGCCUGUCCAAGCUGACCGGAGUGCGGCGCAACAAGAAGGAGAACAGCCUGAACAAAAACAGUCCGUCUGCACAGGAAACGUUCCAGUGGAUGUUCACCCACAUCGCCGUCGUUAGGGACCUCGUCGCCAUGCAGUACAAAGAGCAUCAAGAGCGACAGCAGAACGCCCUGAAGUACGUGACGGAGGAGUGGGCGGCCAUCGAGUACGAGCUGCUGCGCGAGCGCGGCCUCUGGGGGCCGCCCAUCGGCUCCCACCUGGACAAGUUCACGCUGGAGAUGACGGAGGGGCCGUGCCGCAUGAGGAAGAAGAUGGUCCGCAACGACAUGUUCUACAUCCACUACCCGUACAUCCCCGAGACCGAGACCAACACCAACUCUGCUCAGAAGCCGCUGCGGUACCGCCGGGCCAUCAGCUACGACAGCAAGGAGUACUACAUGCGGCUGCUGUCUGGAAACCCGGGGAUGUACCAGCACUCCGUGGAGCACAGCACGGAGGGAGAGACAGCGCAGCACGAGCCGGAGCACGGAGAGGACACCAUCGCUAGGGUCAAAGGUCUGGUGAAGGCUCCUCUGAAGAGGUCUCGCUCCACAGCUGACGGCACGGACGAGGACAGCCAGGACCAGCUUCAGGACCAGCUGCUGGAGUCUGGAGGUCCAGAAGAAGAGCAGAGGACCGACAACACGUCCCUACUGCGCCUCCUGGAGGAGGGGGAGAAGGUGAGGGGAGACAUUUAUGAUCGAUAUCUGCUCUGCUAUUGUGGUUGCAGAAUUUCAGCGUUUCCUGUUUUUCUUCUUAUUGGAUUGUGGAGUAAAAGCUCAUCUUGUGUUGUUGAGCAGCUUUGUUUAUUUAAGGAUCCCCAUUACACUCUGCCACAAAUAACAACUCAAGUCAAGUUUAUUUGUUUUAUUUGUUCAAGUUGCUUUAAGUAAUAAAAACACAAAGUG